ACAACAGAGAAAGGGACUUGGGAGGAGACACAGAGAGAGAGAGAGAGAGGGAGAGAGACUCGUGUGGGCGAGCGAACAUCUAGCGAGUGUGUAUUUUCCCAGAACAUUCUUUCGUCUCUCUAUUCUCUUUCCUUGUAAUAAGGAGCGGGAGAGACUAUAAAUUGUGAGAGAGAGAGAGAGAGCAAGGGUUUUGAGGUAUUGACAAUGGCGUCGUCUCCGACUUCAUCAUCAUACUCGACGUAUUCGUCUCCGUUUUCAUCAUCACCGAAGUUCUCCGAUCUUCCAAUAAUGGGACUCAGACACAAAAUCGUUGAGAAGAUUCAGGAAAAUCGCGUCACUCUUAUCGUCGGCGAAACUGGCUGCGGUAAGAGUUCACAAGUCCCACAAUUUCUCCUAGAAGAAAACAUGAAGCCCAUAUUAUGUACACAGCCAAGGAGAUUUGCUGUUGUGGCUGUUGCUAGAAUGGUGGCAAAAGCUCGUAACUGUGAAGUAGGGGGUGAGGUUGGUUACCAUAUUGGUCAUUCAAAGGUCGUAUCAGCAAGAACCAAGAUUGUCUUCAAAACUGCUGGAGUUUUGCUUGAUGAAAUGCGGGAGAAGGGGUUGGAUGCCCUCAAGUACAAGGCUAUUAUUCUUGAUGAAGUUCAUGAAAGAUCUGUAGAGUCUGAUCUUGUUCUCGUUUGUGUAAAGCAGUUUUUGCUGAAGAACAAUGAUUUGAGGGUUGUAUUGAUGUCUGCUACUGCUGAUAUUUCAAGAUACAGAGAUUACUUCAAGGAUCUUGGUAGGGGUGAGAGAGUAGAGGUGCUUGCAAUCCCCAGCUCUGGUCAGCAGACAAUUUAUCAGCGAAGAGUGUCAUACCUUGAACAGGUAACUGAACUUCUCGGAAUAAGUUCAGAACUUCCGUCCUUGGAAUAUUGUUCUGGGCCAAGCCUUGUUGCUGAUGCUGAUAUUAAGCCUGAAGUGCACAGACUUAUACACGACUUGGUGUUGCACAUUCAUAAAAAUGAGCCAGACAUUGAAAAGAGCAUUUUGGUCUUUCUUCCAACAUACUAUGCACUUGAGCGGCAAUGGUUCCUUCUGAAGCCUUUUAGUGUUUCUUUUAAAGUUCACAUUUUACAUAGCAGUAUUGACAUUGAACAUGCUCUCACGGCCAUGAAAAUUUGGAAAUCCCGUCGUAAGGUAAUUUUGGCCACUAAUAUCGCAGAAUCUUCUGUUACAAUUCCCAAAGUAGCCUUUGUCAUUGAUUCAUGCCGUUCUUUACAAGUUCUCUGGGACAGUAAUAGGAAGACUGAAUCUGCAGAGCUUGUCUGGGUUUCUAAAUCUCAGGCUAACCAGCGCAAGGGAAGAACAGGUCGGACUUGUGAUGGUCAAAUUUAUCGCUUGGUUACUAGGUCAUUCUUCAAUGAGCUACAAGAUUUUGAGUGCCCAACGAUACUGAGACUGUCAUUGAGACAGCAAGUGCUUCUGAUUUGCUGCGCUGAAUCUAAAGCCAUUAAUGAUCCCAAAGUCUUGUUGCAGAAGGCUAUGGAUCCUCCAGAUCCAGAAAUUGUUGAAGAUGCAUUGAGUUUGCUCGAUCACAUCAAUGCAUUGGAGAAAACAUCUCAUAGGGGUCGGUAUGAGCCUACAUUCUAUGGACGAUUGCUUGCCAGUUUCUCAUUGUCAUUUGAUGCUUCCAUGAUUAUAUUGAAGUUUGGAGACAUGGGAAUGUUACGUGAAGGCAUUCUACUUGGUGUAUUGAUGGAUACACAGCCUUUACCUAUUCUACGUCCUUUUGCGCAGGACAUUUUGUAUGCAGAGUACACUGACUGCUAUUAUUCUGGAGAUGAUAAGAGUACUGCCCUAACUGGUAAAAAGGAAAUGGUAUUUAUGGCAAACCUCUGUGCAUUUCAGUUUUGGCAACGUGUUUACAAGGAUAAGCUCCGUCUUGAUCAGCUGAAACAACUUUUACACUUUGAUGAGAUGAAAGCUGCACUAGUGUUGGUCCCUGAAGAAGAAUGGUGUUCUUUCCACAAUCUCGUUCAGCCAUCACUAAACCAUGUCACAGAAAUAUAUGAAGAUAUACUAAAUUCAGUUCACCGCUUUCGACCCAAAUUUCUGGCUACAGCUGAUGGUCUACCAUUGUAUUAUGAGCCUUACGAGUUUCAACAUACAUGUCUUCUCACAUGUCAGAAAAAUGGAAAUACGGACACUAUGGCUGCAGAUGAUGAGCACUCUGAGCUUCCAAAUGAAAAAAGGAAAUGUAAUUCUGUGCCAUUCGUUCCUUCUAGUUACUUUCUGUCACAUGAGGUGGCUGAAAAUUUGGCAACUAUAAUCAAAGAGGUAAGAGUUCAAUGUACAGAACACAUAUCUGGCAACGAAUAUAAAUACGUUAAUGGUGAUGGUCCUCCUGCCCCUUGGGAACCUUCUCUAUGUAAAUUUUUUGUCAAAGGGCUGUGCAACAGGGGCAACCAAUGCUCAUUUUCUCAUUCACUUCAAGCAAAAAGAUCUGUCUGCAAGUUCUUCCUUUCUCUCAAGGGUUGUAGAAAUGGAGAUAAAUGUGAAUUUUCUCAUGAUGUGGGUCCAUCAACUUCAUCAUCUUAUCGACCAAGUUUAUGCUUGCCGGAAGAUGAAACUGUGGAUGCCACAUCACUUCUGAGAUUGUUUCCCACAUCUUAUGAUGGAUGCAUUCUUUUAUUGGAUGACACCGAUUUUCAUUUCUCCUCACAUCUCUCUCGCCAUUACGAUCCAUCCAAGAUAAUAUCCACAACAGUUCUAUCUGCUGGCUCCCCACUUGAUGCAUCCCUCUCUGGUGUCAGAAUUCUUUGGGGCCUUUCUCACCCCUCCCAGACAAUUAUCUCCAAAGCAGAGGACAACCCAAUCCCAUGGAGUGAAGUCAAGUGUGUCUUAUGGUUUCCCAAAUUCGAUAGCGACAAUGAAAACUUGGAAGAACAGAAGAGUCUUUUGCAAACUUUUUUCAAGUAUCUGGCCAUCCGGAUAUUGGCAGAUGAGUUGCAUGAAGUGCAAGUAAUCCUUACCAUGAACAAUAUUCGGUUUUCUCGAUUACAGGUGGAAAAGUUGGGCAAGGAGAGCUUCUUUUUCCUUAGAGAAUCGUUCUCAUUUGAUGAGUCAAGCUUUGGGAAGUUGUUCGACACAGUGACCCUUAAAAAGCCGAUGCUGGUAUCAAAGCCUAUCUCCUAUGUUUUUGACCUGAAUUUUUCCACCGACAUUGAGUUUGGUAACUCUGCAACUUACCCUCACCAGUGUGUAUACAAUGUCCAGUAGAACAUGAAGACCAUUUUGCAGUGUCGGUAUGUAUGUACACAGUAAUUUACUGGAUUCAAUAUAUUAGUAUGUAGAGAUGGAUUAAGGAUUGCUUCAGCUUUGCCUAAUUUAUUCAGUUACAGGAUAUUGGUUUUAUGAAAAUAAUCUGAAUUUUAUCGGGGACUAAUAUAAUGUUAGUUUUAUUGUGUU